AUUAUUAUUAUUAUUAUAUUUAUAGCUGACAGCUUCACCUUUCAUUUGCUGCUGGUUAUAAUAUUCAACAUAAAUAAUGCCAGAUAAAUGUGUUAAAAGUGUGCCAACCAACCAAACCAUCCCCAGUAUAUAAUGAGAGGUUAUGGUGUUAUUGUAUGAUUAUAUAGUAUUUAUUAGUAUCAGUAUGGAGUAGUUGCAUAAAACUAUAUAUUUCAUUUAUGCAACUUUGAUAACAUGUACCACCUGUGAUUGUGUGUUUUUGUGCUGCUGGUUACCAGAUGAAUAAAGCGUCUAUCUAUCUCUAUCUAAAAUGGAAAUACUCCAGUAAAGUACCAGCAUGUCAAUAAGUAUUUAAGUACAGUAAUAAAGUAUAAUCCGCCGUGUGACCGUGUUGAGCAGCCUGUGCUCGUGCAGCCUGGCUGUCUCAGUCUGUGCGGUCCUCCUGAGCUCUGAGUGGUGCUGUCUCGCCUUUGUCGCCUUGUGAAAACUGCCUUCCAUUGCAUUUCUCCACCAGCGGACUAACCAGGCCCCUCGCAGCCGUUUCACGGUGGCCCCGAGCCGGGCUGAUUCCCACCACAGACCCGGCAGGUGUGACGGUGGUGGAACACCGGAGACCGGCGGGCACCGGAGCCUUCUCUGGCUGCUGGAUUUACGGAGAGCUCCGCGGGGAAAAGCCCGGGAUGUGAUGAAAUCCUAAUCAAAGUGCGACACAUAGACACACACACACAUACACAAGCUGAUGCACAUCAUAAACGGGCCUGCCUUCAGUACAACUUUGCGUUUUUCGCCUCUCUGCGGGGGCUAAAGGCGGAUAACCAGAGGUGAGGCUGCUGGAUUAUUGUCUGGGGGAGGGUGACGCGCACUUCGCAGCAGCCCCUGCGCUGUCAGACGAGGAAGUGAGGCUUCAUACACGCCCAUUUCAGCCUGUCGACCCUGCUAAAAAAGCCCAGAGCCGCUCAUCAGAUAACAGCAACAGACUUUAUAAACAUGCGUUCACUUUCGGAUGGACGACAGCGGGAAUAAGCUGCAGGACGACGCCGAUCUCCGAGGUGUGCUGAAGUCUUGAAGGAUGGACCGGGAGCUGCUCCGUCAGAGCCAAUCAGAACACGGCGAGGCCACCAAUGGAACCAGCCCUCAGACCUCCGACCCCUCCACCCCGACGACCCCCACCCCUCCUCGGCUCACGCCCAACCCCAUGCUCCUGGACUCCCCCGCCCCCACGCUGACGCCCACCACCUCCUCCCCUCCUCCCCCUCUCACCCCCGCCCCCUCCGUCGUCUCCGCCUCCCACGUCCCCAAGGUGGCGGCGGCAACAGUCGGCGCUCCGUCUCCCCACAUCCUCGUCCCGGCUCCCCCGAAACUCACCUCCACCGCCACCCCUGCCCUCCGCACGUACUCUCGCCCGAUCCUUCCCUCCCCGACGGGCGUCUCCAAAACAUCUCCCCCCACACAAACCUCCUCCUCUCCUCGCCCUCCUCCCUCCUCCUCUUCCUCCUCCUCUUCCUCUCCUGUUGCAGCCAGCACCACCUCGCCCCUCCUCUCUUCUUCUGCAACGCACAGCAGCUCCAACACGUCAACCAAGACCUCCACCAGCCUGACCAAUGGGAACACGAGGCCCGUUUCCACGCCGACCUCCACGCCAAUCACUCCCUUUCACACACCAGCCAGUCCACCUGGCCGACAGGUAACACAGGCUCAUCCUGUGGGCACACCUGGUCUAGUGCGAGCCAAUCAGAGCCCCUCCCCUGUCAGGCAGAGGGUAUCCCAGCAGACACUGCUCCUGGGGAAAGGUCUCAAAGGGUCUGGACAGGACCAGGUGCUGCUGAGAGCUCAGAUGCUGAUUCUUACGUCUGCUAUGCGACCUGCCCUGUCCUCCUCUUCUUCCUCUUCCUCCUCCUCCUCUCCUCCUUCCUCUAACCCCGCCUCCGCUCAGCUCCAGAGUCUCACCCUGAGGCCUCCUCCCCCCGGGGCCCUCACCAUCCCCCCCUCCCUGCGCCUCAAGCCCCCCUCCUCGGCCCCGCCCCCCCUCUCUCGCCCCCACGCCCCCCUCUUCCCCCCUCUCAGGCCGCGACCGCAGCCCUGCACCACGGCAACGGAGAGCCCCAACACACCCAGCCGCCACCUCUCCGUCCCGCCUCCAACUCUCUACUCUCCGGUGCGAGCCGUCCCUCUGAGGCCCAGACUUCACUCUCCAAACGGUCACCGAGCGCCGUCGCCGCGGCAAUCCUCGACCCUCCAACCGAUCGCUGCUGCCCCGGCCUGCCAGGCGUCCCCCGCCGGCAGGCCGCUGGCCGGACUGAAGAGCUGUCCGUUAGCUCAGAGCGUGCUGGGGCCCGGCCCGCCGCAGCACGUCUCCAACCCCCGCUCUGCUUCCUCUCACUUCGAGCGCUCGCCGUCUGCGGCCAGGCAGCUGCAGAUCAUCGCCCUCUCCUCGGGCCGCCAGACGCAGCCGUGCACGUACACCCACACCGUGCAGUCGGCGCCUCCUGUCGCAGAGCUGCCCGAGCUGCCCGGCCAAUCAAAGAGGAGGCCGAGCGGCGAAGACGUGCUUCCUCUUCCUCUGAACCCCUCGUUGCCAAAAAACUCCUCUCCCCUGCCCUCGCCUCCGUCUCUGCUGAGCCCGGCGUCCCCCCCGAGCCACGCCGCGCCGCAAACACAAACUCUGACACAGAAACUGGAGGUGAAGGACGGCGAGGAGCAACGGGAGAGAGGACGAGGGGCGAGACACGGAGGCAGAGAGGAGGCGAGGGACCUGAGGACGGAGAGAGACGACCAAAGAGACAAAGGGAAGGAGGAGAAACAGAGACUGUCCCCGGAGAAGGACGGAGGCCUCGCUGGUCAGAAGGAGCAGCAGACGGACAGAGAGGAAGAACAGAUGGAGGUGACGGAGGAAGGCCAGGAGAAGAAGAUGGAGGAGGAGGAGGAGGAGGAGGAAGGAGAGACCGCCAUGGACCAGUCGGAGAACCUGACCACUCAGAUCCUCCAUCAGCACCACAACACGGAUCCUGUCACUGUUAAAGACUCCAGCGUGGAUCUCAAACCCAUCCUGGGUCUCAUUCCAGCUCCAGUCCCACUCCAAACCCCAACACCACUCCAAACCCCAGUCCCAGUCCCUGUCCCAGUCCCAGUCCCAGCACCAGUCCCAGUCCCAGCACCAGUCCGAACCUCAGCUCCAGUCCCAGCACCAGCUCCGGUCCCACUAACAAUCCCAGUACCAGCUCCUGUCCCACUAACAGUCCCAGUCCCAGCUCCGGUCCCACUAACAGUCCCAGUCCCAGCUCCGGUCCCACUAACAGUCCCAGUCCCAGUCCCAGCUCCGGUCCCACUAACAGUCCCAGUCCCAGUCCCAGCUCCGGUCCCACUAACAGUCCCAGUCCCAGUCCCGGUCCCAGAGGUCUCUGUCCAGAGUCAGAGGCUCCCAGAUCCUCAUCGAGACCUGCAGCCGGUCGGCCAGGAGGACUUCUGUGAGAACAUGUCGACGCAGUCAGACAACCAGUCAGCCUUGUCCAGCCUCUCCUCCCAGUCCCCCCCCUCCUCCCCCUUCGUCCCCCCCUCGGCAGAGAACCCGCCCCCCCUCCUCCCGGCGGCUCGGACCCCCGCCCCCCCCGACCUCAGCCUGCCACAGCACGAAGCCGACAAACGAGACAAACCCGCCGGAGACCCGCAGCGGCCGGACGCGGAGACGGAGCCCCUCGGCCAAUCAGGAGACGAGUCGGAGAGUUUCGGCCAAUCGCUGAGCAGCCCCUGGGAGCCGAGGGCGUGGCCUGAGGGGAGGCAGGUCCUCACUCACCUGGUGGAGGGGUUCGUCAUCCAGGAGGGACUGCAACCGUUUCCUGUGAACCGCUCGUCGCUGCUGGUUCCAGAGCAGGUGACCAAACCGGAGGAGGUGAACGGGACCAAUGGGAGCGCAGAGCUGCCGGUGAUGGACACGACGAAGCCAGCCGAGCCCUCCACCGAGGAGGAGGAGGAGGAGGGGGAGGGGGGGGACACGGACGACCCCGCCAACAGGUCGGCCCACAGGGACAGGACGGUGCUGCACUGCCAGUUCUGUGGGAAGAGAGGACACGCACACAACUUCAUGCGGUCCAAGCGCUUCUGCUCCACUUCCUGUGCUCGCGGGUUUAACGUUCGCCUGACGAAGAGGCUGCGGGCGCUGAGUGCAGGCAGCCGGUCGGAGAGGCCCCGCCCCGCCCUCAACAGGGCGGAGUCCGUCCCUGGGAAGCCUCUUUUACUGCGACUGCCUCGGGACCUGUGGAGCGCCGGGCGGCGUGAGAAGGAGGGGAAGGAGAAGCCGGCGGCGGCAGAAGAAGAAGAAGAGGAGGAGGAGGAGGACAUGGAGGGAGGAGGGGAGGAGGAGGACGAUGACGGCGGGGAGGAGGACCCUGCCAUCGCCAUGACAGCCAGGAUGGAGCGGAGGGCGGCGCGGAGGGCGAGGAGGUCGUCUGCGCCCGCGCUGACCACCUCCGUGACGCCCACCACCACGUUCAAACCCGCCCCGUCCCAGUGGAGCGUGGAGGAGGUCACGGCCUUCAUUCACAUGCUGCCAGGCUGCAGCGACGUGGCCGAGGCGUUCCGGCUGCAGGAGAUCGACGGCCAGGCUCUGCUGCUGCUGACCGAGGACCAUCUGAUGACCAGCAUGAACAUCAAGCUGGGGCCGGCUCUCAAGAUCUGCGCUCACAUCAACGCUCUGAAACACCAAUGAGAGAGAACGAGAGGAGAGUCUGGUUGAAGAUAGGAGAGAGUUUUUAUGAAAAAAAAACCAACAAAAACAAAAAGCUGACACCAAGGAUGACAGAACAAAGUCACAAAAAGAGAUUCACGGUAAUUUAUGAGAUUAUAAAUCGAGGUGUGGCCUUAGGAGACGGAGACAGAAGAGCCCAGAAGAAGUUUCAUCCGUUUGGGGCCGUCAGACUGUAGCAGAGACCGACCGGGGGGGAUUUUUGUAACUUUGUGUACAUUUUACAUGCCGCUGGAGAGUGUAAAUUUGAAGCUAUUUCAUGAAGGAUUUUGAACAUUUAAUAUAUAAAAUUUGUCUAUUUAGUUUUUUUAGAACGUGACGUCAACGACAAAUCUAUCCAGUAGCUAAACAUAACCGGUGUGUGUAAAAAAAAAAUAAUAAUAAUACGUAGACUUUGUAAGUGAUUAAUGAAAGUUUAAUGUUUUAUAUCACUAUAUUCUGGACAAAAACAUGUCUGUGGAUUAAAAAAAAAGAAGUCACUAU